AUGCUGCGAAAGCAAGCGCUGAUCAAUCUGGCAUUCUCAGUCCCCAAGAAUCGCAAGCCCAAAUUCGACCUCAUCCUGCGCAUCAUCGACUUGACCAACAUUCCAUUGAUCUACGGUACCGCUUGCGUGAGAUGGCACCUCUCCUCUUCCAACGCCGCGGAGCACCGCGGGCGAACCGAUAAGGCCCCGAUUGAAGAACACAAGGCAACAUGGGAUUAUUGGAAGGAAAUACCGGUGCGUCUGACCAUCGACAAGACGGGCAUGCUCCAGGAGUGCGACAUCCACUUUGAAGUUCUCCAAGAAUUCCAUGAAGGCGGAAGAGGUGGUCGCGUACAUCUGGGCAAUGUGAAACUCAACCUGGCCGAAUACACUCGACUACCGGAUCUACCGCCCGCAGACCGCGAUCCGCAAGAUGAAGCCGAUGAUGGAAGCAUCACGAGAAGAUAUCUCCUACAGGACAGCAAGGUCAACAGCACGCUGAAAAUUGGGAUCCGAAUGAGGCAGACUGAGGGCGACUCUAAUUUCAUAGCACCUCCACUGAGGUCAGCGAUGGUGGUCGGUGGCAUCGCGGGGGUCUUGACCACAGAGGCCGGCGAAGGAGACGACAUCCCUAGCAUCACCAGCAAGACGAGAGAGUUGUCAGAAGCUCAGGAUAUUUAUCGACGAACGCUGGCAGCGACGUGGGCAUGUCAAUCCGGAGAACUACCUCCGGAUAAAUUGAUUGAGAACCUGUUUGCGGGAGGAGACGGCGGAGUACGACCACAGUCGUCCAGUAGCAAGGCUAGCAAUCAACAACAGCAACAACGGGAGCAGCAGCAGCAACAUCAACAACAGAACACCAGGCUUGGUCUGCGUGAAGAGAACGGCAGCAGUUCAAGCAAUGAGCCCAGGAGACCCGUCACUCCACGCCAAUUCUUGACACCCCAGGUAUUUGCCAGCGGAAUCAGCCACGGUCAGGGGCACCGACGCGGAUCAAGUCGAGAUUCUCCCACCCUACAAACAACUGCCGCGGGUGCCGUCAGUGGCCGAGCAAGCAUCGAGCAGCAAGUCCAUGCGAGCCAGCAGGAACAUCGCCGGCGUGAUCGAUCAGAAUACCACGAGUUCACCGAGUUUGAUCUCCGUGAUGAUUUACGGAGCUGGGAAAUCGGAGUAAGAUGA